UCCGGCUGCAAUCCUCUCUCUAUAUCUCUUUCUCUCUCUGCGCGUUAACCUGCGCAGAGAUUUGUUUCUUGCCGUCAUAAGGCAUUGUUUGUGCCAGUUUUCCAUUGUUUAAUCAUCUAAGACAGACAAAGAUGGAUCUUCAGAGUUUGUCUGUCAUCCUUCAAGCUGCCCUCAGUCCCAAUCCCGAUGAGAGGAAAGCUGCUGAACUAAGCCUUAAUCAGUUCCAGUACACCCCCCAGCAUUUGCUGAGAAUGCUGCAGAUUGUUGUAGAUGGUAAUUGUGAUAUGGGAGUUCGGCAAGUUGCCAGCAUUCACUUUAAGAACUUCAUUGGAAAGAACUGGUCACCCCUUGACUCAGAUGAACAAUCAAAAAUCUUACCCAGUGAUAAAGACCUGGUUCGACAAAAUAUUCUUGGGUUUGUUACACAAGUGCCUCCCAUACUAAGAGUGCAAUUAGGUGAAUGCGUCAAGACGAUUAUCCAUGCAGAUUACCCGGAGCAAUGGCCAAAUCUUUUGCAAUGGGUGAAACACAAUUUGCAGGACCAGGCUCAGCAAAUAUAUGGAGCUCUAUUUGUUUUAAGGAUUCUUUCUAGGAAAUAUGAGUUCAAGUCAGAUGAGGAUAGGGUGCCUGUUUAUCAAAUUGUGGAGGAGACUUUUCCUCAUUUGCUCAACAUAUUCAACGGGCUUGUUGAAGUUCCCAACCCUUCUCUUGACUAUGCUGAAUUGAUCAAGCUGAUCUGCAAAGUAUUCUGGUCAUCCAUAUAUCUGGAGAUUCCAAAGCAAUUGUUUGAUCCAAACGUAUUUAACGCUUGGAUGGUUCUUUUCUUGAAUAUGUUGGAGAGGCCUGUCCCUGAAGAAGGCCAACCUGCUGACCCAGAUCUCAGAAAGUCUUGGGGAUGGUGGAAGGUAAAAAAGUGGACAGUGCAUAUUUUGAACCGGCUAUAUACCAGAUUUGGGGACUUAAAAGAUCAAAGCCCAGAAAAUAGAGCUUUUGUCCAAAUGUUCCAGAAAACCUACGCCGGAAAAAUCUUGGAAUGCCAUUUAAAUUUGUUGAAUGUGAUUCGAGUUGGUGGCUACCUGCCAGACAGAGUUAUUAAUCUCAUUUUGCAAUAUCUAAGCAACAGUCUCUCAAAGUUGAGUAUGUACAAUCAGCUGCAACCAAGGCUCGACAUUGUCCUGUUUGAGAUUGUUUUUCCACUUAUGUGUUUUAAUGACACUGAUCAAAAGCUUUGGGAUGAAGAUCCACAUGAAUAUGUCAGGAAGGGAUAUGAUAUAAUUGAAGAUCUGUACAGUCCUAGGACUGCUGCCAUGGAUUUUGUUAGUGAGUUGGUAAGAAAGCGUGGUAAAGAGAACCUUCAAAAAUUUGUUCUAUUCAUUGUGGAGAUCUUUAGGAGGUAUGAAGUGGCACCUGCGGAGCAUAAACCAUAUCGUCAAAAAGAUGGUGCUCUUCUUGCUAUAGGAACACUAUGUGAUAAACUGAAGCAAACAAAGCCUUACAAAUCUGAAUUGGAGCGCAUGUUAGUUCAACAUGUCUUUCCUGAAUUCAACAGUCCUGUUGGUCAUCUGAGAUCCAAGGCUGCAUGGGUUGCUGGUCAAUAUGCCCAUAUUAGAUUCUCGGACCCCAAAAAUUUCCAAUUCGCGUUGCACAAAGUUGUAGCAGGCAUGCGUGACCCAGAACUUCCGGUUCGUAUUGAUUCUGUAUUUGCUCUGCGGUCAUAUAUUGAUGCUUGCAAAGAUUUGGAUGAGAUUCGUCCCAUUCUUCCCCAAUUACUUAAUGAGUUCUUUAAGCUUAUGAAUGAAGUGGAGAAUGAGGAUCUUGUCUUUACACUUGAAACAAUUGUGGAUAAGUUUGGAGAGGAGAUGGCGCCAUAUGCCUUUGGAUUAUGCGAGAAUCUGGCUGCCGCAUUUCAGAAGUGUAUGAACUCUGCAGAAGAAGAAGAGGAAGCUGAUGACCCUGGUUCUUUAGCUGCAGUAGGUUGUUUACGUGCAAUAAGUACAAUACUUGAAUCAGUUAGCAGGCUUCCUGAUUUGUUUGUUAAAGUUGAGCCAAUUCUACUUCCUCUUAUGCAUAGAAUGCUGACAACUGAUGGACAAGAGGUAUUUGAAGAAGUUUUGGAAAUUGUGUCUUAUAUGACCUUCUUCUCACCUACAAUAUCCAUUAACAUGUGGAGUCUUUGGCCAUUGAUGAUGGAUGCAUUGGCUGAUUGGGCAGUUGAUUUCUUUCCAAAUAUAUUGGUUCCAUUGGAUAACUAUAUAUCCCGAGGCACAGCACACUUCUUGACCUGCAAGGAUCCAGACUAUCAGCAAAGCCUUUGGAAUAUGAUUUCACAUGUCAUGGCAGACAAGAAUUUAGAAGAUGGUGAUAUUGAGCCUGCUCCCAAACUCAUUCAAGUUUUAUUUCAGAACUGCAAAGGCCAGGUGGAUCAAUGGGUUGAGCCCUACCUUAAAAUUACUAUUGAACGGCUGCAAAGGUCGGAAAAACAACAUUUUAAAUGCCUACUAGUGCAAGUGGUUGCUGAUGCUCUGUACUACAAUGCAUCCCUGACUCUGAACAUACUACAAAACUUUGGCGUCACAACUGAUAUCUUCAACCUUUGGUUCCAGAUGUUACAGGAAACUAAAAAAAGUGGAGUUAUGACUAAUUUUAGAAGAGAAAAUGAUAAGAAGGUUUGCUGCUUGGGCUUGACAUCAUUGCUUAUGCUGCCUCCUGGUCAGUUGCCAGGGGAAGCUCUUGGCCGUGUUUUUAAGGCAACCCUUGAUCUUCUUGUUGCCUAUAAGGAACAAGUGGCAGAAGCUGCAAAGGAGGAAGAUGAUAUUGAGGAUGUUGAUUUGGAUGAUGUUAUGAAUGGAUUACAAACUGAUGACGAAGAAGAUGAAAGUGAAGGCUCUGAUCGAGAAAUGGGACUUGAUGGAGAGGAUGUUGAAGAAGAUGACGGCACGCUAAAAAAGUUAGCUGCAAAGGCAAAGGCUUUCCGUUCAGCUGAUGAAGAUGAUGACGACGACGAAGAUGACGAUGAAGAUGACUACAGUGACGACGAAGAAAUGCAAUCUCCUCUAGAUGAUGUGGAUCCCUUUAUUUUCUUCGUGGAGUCUGUUAAAGUUCUGCAAGUGACAGAUCCAAUGCAGUUUCAGAGCCUUAUGCAGGGGCUUGAUUUCCGAUAUCAGGCACUUGCUAAUGGCGUUGCUCAACAUGCCGAGCAGAGAAAGGUGGAAAUUGCAAAAGAACAGUUGGAGAAAGCAUCUGCAUCCUCCUGAAUUAAGUUUUGCUGAUAGUCAGUCAUUCAGCCAUCUGUUUACUCCCAGUUUUGUCAUGAGUUUAUUUAUACUGGUGUAUAGAGUGCCGUAGACUGGCCAUAGUCCCGAGAUCUUGGCCGAGUCUUUCUUGAUGGCAAAUUGCUGUCAUUUUUCGAACUUUCUAUUGUUUUUUACUCUGUUUUCAAAGAGGUGCAUAUCGUACUCUUAAGAUUUUCUUUUGCAUACAAGGGUGUAUGCCAUGGUUGGUGGUGGGUGGGUCUUUGAUCAUUUGAUGGCAUUUUUUUGGGAAAUUUUGUGCUUUUUUAUUAUUAUUUAUUUUGCAUACAUCUCAUGAGUGAUGUACAAUAUGGUAGAAAAUUCAUGUAGGCUAGGAAUUUUAUGGUUUUGUGAGGAAUUUUGUUUUGUGGAGUUUUGAAAUUGGCAGUACCCAUAUUUGUUUAUUUACUUUUUAUUGGUGAAUUGUGAUU